AUGUCCAAAGAACUUAUUGCGGAGGGAGUGCAAGACGUUAAGGAAUUAUUUGCUGAGGGAGUUCAAGAUGUGAAGGACAAAUUUGUAGGAGGUAUCAAUAUGAUGAACAAAGCUACAAACAUGCUCAAAAAGAAGAUCAAAUCGGAGGUCGGAAUAGCUAAGGAGGUGAACAAGAAGGUGAUCAGUAUUUUUACAGGACGAGAAAAUACGGACACAUUGUUUUCAAGGGCCGAACACAAAACCAUCGAGACCAACUGGCUAUCAGGUCUGCACAUGGAACAAACAAAAGCAAAAGAGAAGCUAAAAGAGCUUGUUGCUGAAAACUAUGUCCAAUUUAUUGAGGCUUCAAAAGAAGUUUCAAAUUUUAUGGAUGUAGAUAUGAUAGAAAUUGGCAAUUUGGUGAGCACUAUGAAAAACAUGUUAUCUCAAAUAGAGAGCGUCGACUUGUCAUUAGCCGGGAAGAAUUUAUAUUGCUCUUUUACGAGUAUAGACUUUGAAAAUUUGAGAGAGGUAGAAGACUCUUUGCUUCCACAGCUGGAACUGCUUACCUCUCAAUUAAUGUUCACUAAAGCCUUUGAGUUUGUUCAACUUAUUGAAAAGAGACUUGAAUCCGAUGAAAUAGUAUUAUCUGACCUUAGUUAUAGAUUUAGCCGGCAAGAAUUGACAAAAACUUUUCACAAAAAGAAGCUCGAAUUGGGAAACAAAAUAGCUGAUGCUGUGGAGAAUGGUUAUUACUCACAACAAGAUGUUGCCCUAUUGGAAGCGUUAUUAGGUACAGAAGCAGCAAUUACAACCUAUUUAGGAGGGAAGAAUAUCUUGAUAGCAGAAGUUUUACGCAAAACUGAAUGUAGAGGAAACGUAGAAGAUUAUACUACUAGAGCGUCCAAACACAUCUUUAAAAUUAUCAAAAAAGUUGCCAAAGAAUUUAAGCAAUUAUUUAAAGAAGCAUCAAACACAUCAUUCCUUAUAGAAUGGUCAUUUACGGUCCUGGAUCAAUUUAUUUCUACAGUUAAGGUACAAAUCCUAGGCCCUUCUGAUUUUGAAAUAGCUACAAAGUGUAUUAGCUCCAUACUAAAACAGGGAGACUUGUUAGAAAAUAAGGGAAUGAUAGUGUCUUUUCAUUUGCAUAAAUUAUUGCUCCCAGAUGUGGAAAAGCUGAUGAGAAAGAGAUGCAUCGAGAUCAGAGACGAAAUUUCCGCUGUUGCUUCCACUGAACUUUGGCAUCCCAUAACCAUAUCCUCUGAUGACUUUAUUUCUUCUCUUCCAGAACAAAUUUCGAAACUCAAAGUUGGCAAAAGUUGUGCGUUGUUCCUAGACCGAUUGAAAUCUUUUAUUGCUCAUUGCAGCUUGAUUGUGUCCUCAUAUUCUUUUGAUUUAGUCACUCUUUGCAUAUCAGAAUUGUUUGAGACAAUUUUAUCUAAAUUAUAUGCGAUUGGGCUAUCAAAGAAGACAAGUGAAAAACAAUUCUUCAUUAUUCUGUCUAGCAUUAAAUAUAUUUUGGGAGGAAUACUGGAAGAAAUAUCGGCAAUGGUUCAGUUAUUGUUCAACCAAAAUUCUCCUUUAGAAGUAACAUUACUUAAAGAAAAAUUACACGGAGUUGACACAAAGCUAUUACAAAAAUACUGUUUAAUACUUGCACAAAAUGUUGUGAAUGACAAAAUUGGCUGGAAUUCAUUUUACAAGACUUCUCUAGAACUUCAAACUGAUGGAAUUUCCAAAAACUUCAAGCACGUGCUUUUUUAUUUUUCCAAACUUGCUACAUAUAUCUCAAACAACUUUGAAGAAAAUGUUCCAGAAAUAAUGCGCAUGGUAGUAGCCUCAAUGGUUGAACAACUAAUAGAUCCAGAAAGCAUAAUCUUGCAUUGGAUUUCUUCCGAACCAGAAACUAUUAAUGACAAAUGGGAGAAAGCCUUGAAUCAGUUAAUUUUGGACAUCUCAUUUCUCAAGAAGACCUUGAAAGAAUUAGAUCUUUUUGAAACAAACACUAAACAGCAGAUGAACACACUUGUAGACUUUCUACGCAGCAAGUACAACCAAGAAGAGAAGGCCAUGACAGACAAAGUAAUACAAGAACAAGUAGAUGCAUUCAUUAAGGCUGAUGAACAUCUCUCUCGUGCCAUUACUAUUUGUAAAAAUUUACACCAUUGA